AUGUCGGCUGAAGGCGAAGAAGCUCCCACGGCCGAGGCAACAACGACGGAAGAGAAGCCCGCUGCCGCAGCGGAAGAAGGCGCAGGAGGCGACGAAGCCGAUAGCGCUGCAGAGAAACCCGCAGCAGAAGAAAACGCGAAUGAAGUUCCUCCCGCUUCUGAUGAGGGAACUGGUGAUAAUGAAGCAGCAAAGAAAGAUGGAGAUAAAGGGGACAAGGAUGAAGAGAAAAAAGACCCAGAAAAAUCAACUGAUGGGGAAACGGACGAGAAAAAGGAUCCCGAAAAACAGGAACGAUCAGAGCCAAUUGAAGAAGACCAAGGUUGCUGUUGUGUGAUAGUUUAACCUCGGUAUUUCCAGAGAGGAGACAUAAUUUUGUUAGCUAGCUGACAUGUAUUUUUAUCACCACCAAUUCAGAGAAAAAGAAUCAGUUUUAAAAUAAUGGGGAAGCAAUCUGGAAAUCUUUAACUUUGGAUUAUUCGAUUCUACGAAAGUUCAACGACUUUGCAACCGGGGAGCAAGGAAAACUUUUAUACAAAAGUACACCAACGGAAACAACGUCUAAUUUACAAAAGAAUUUUCCGUCUCAUCGAUCAAUGAUUUUCGCAAAUAUUUUUGAUGGCUUGAUGGAGAUUUCAGUUCUUUCAUAAGCGGAAAUUUACGACUGACAAGUGCGUUAUCGUCGAGUGUUUUUAUUCUUUUCCAACCACACCCUAGUACGUUAGCAAAUUAAUACCAAUGUAGAAUGAGCGGGCCUUUUACCCUUAAUUUGUAUAUAGAGGAAACCUUACAUUUCUCAAAAACAUUGUGAAGUGUUGUAAAUAGAUUUUAGCUAGGAGAGGAAGCAGACAAUUAUUCUAAUUUUUUUUUUUAUAUCAGGGAGUAUAAAUUUUAAUUUCAUCGCCAUCGAAAAUUGUAGUGUAGAUCUGUCAAAUUUUGGUGAUUUUAUUAUUUUACGGGUAAUGUUGAAAUACGACCGAAAUUUUUUUUCUUAUCUGUUUUAUUCAGUGUAAAUUAGAAAUAGAAUGGGUGGAAUAUUCGACAGUUAAUAUUUCUGGUCUUUGUCAAAAACGAUUUCCCAUUUUAACUAGGUCUUGCAGGUAGCAAUAAAAUUUUAAUGAUCAAAACAAAACUGGCUAAGACAGAAAUUGCUGAGAAAUGUCAGCUUUUUGGCACUUCAUUCAAUCUUUCAGCAUUUAAAAAUAUCACUAGAGAAACAGUGAUCGCCGGCUUACCCCCUCGAAUAAUUGAUAUUUUAUGAUGGUUUAAAAAAGUUUUUUAAAAAAUCUGAUUUGCGGGUGGCGUCAGUAUUAUACUACCUGUUUGCUUAUAGUAGAGUUAAAGACAAUUACCUUGAAGCAUCAGCUAUCACAAGAAUCCAUUACUUGAAAUAAAGAAGUUUUUGUUAUUAUUUACUAUUCGUGUCAUUAUAAAAAGUUUCUUCUUGUUCUUUGCCGGCGCAUAAAAUGCCGCUUUCGCCUCGCUUGGCUCGUAAAGCGCCUGUAAUGCAGGCUAGGGCAUCGGAAACAAUGUUUACUUUGCCUGUAAAAUAUAAUAAAUGAAAGCAGUAAAUUGUGUCAAAUAAUUGCAAAACCAGUUUGGUAAAGCGUUGGCGAACUGGUUUUUUGCGCUAAGUGUGGGAGUAAUUAUCACUCCUACCCUUAGCAGCCAAUAAUAUAGCUGCUUAUGGUGGCCUAGAGAAGUCAGCAAUUCCCUUUCCUUGAUAGCGUUUUCACCCUGACUUUUCAACGUGACUUAUUGAAUUAUAGAUGAAUGACUUAGGCUUGUCACUCUUUAUAAGUCAAUUCCGUGCUGCUUUUGAAAGUAAACGCGCGCCUUAUAUUUUAUGCUAAUUGCUUAGAGGCUUAACCUCUAGUUCCAUAUCUUUUUUAGCCAGCCCCGAAUGUCACAUUCAGUAGUUAAGAGCCUUUCGACAGCCUCCUCUGUUCUCCCUCCAUACGACCCCGUUUACGAAUCCUACUCGGUGUCCAGAGUUCAACAUCAUCGAAGUUGUAAACACGUAAAUCUUAUCAGGUGUAAGACGAUAAAAGAUUCUGCGCUCUAUCCGCUUAAAAGACAUCAUUUGGCAACUCUUGCUAGUUUUUAAAUUUUUGACACAUUUUAAAAUAUACUGGCUCGUUUCUCUGCAAGCUUAUGCAGCACCUUAUUUCUCUCAGUGUAAAAACAUAGCAGUUUAGAACAUAUUGAACGAAAGGACCAACACACUUCUAUAUGCAAAGGAAUUUUCUUUGAGGUUUUCUUUUAGUCGUUAUGAUUUCACUUUCCAAAGAACUGAGAUAGAGUUUCCUGUUUCACGGGCAUGUUUUCAAAAAUUUAUUUUCGCUUUCAGAUUAGCCUGAAAUUCAUCCGAUUGCUUCGAGUCGUUUUCUCCUCUCAACAACUACUGAGGGAGUAAUAACGACUCGAAGUAAUCGGAUGAAAUUCAGGCUACUUUCAGAUAUACUGUAUAAAAAAUGCUUUUUACAGUGUUUUAUAAAAUAAUUCUUAUCAGCAACCGCAACCGUGUACGGAUAACGAGUCAAAAAGCCUGAAUGCCCCAUUCGGUUCCAAUCAUGCUUUCAACUUUCAUUUACCUUCCCUCCCCUCCCUAGGGAAACUCACUAAGGCAAGUCAAUGACGUCAAGCUGUCGUUAGACAUUUGACUUCGUUGCCAGACAAAACGUUUUUUAUUUUCCGUUUGCAUUUUGUUUUGUUUUCGAGCAUCUUCCCACAGAAUGCCGCUUCAUGGGCGGCGAACAACAGCCCUUUUAAUUAUUGUAGUUCUUUCAAAUGUCGAUCAGACUGUGAGUGGAAAAAUUAGCAGGACUCAAGGUAAGUAAAAAGAAGUUUGAAAAACUAUAUUUUUGUUGAGGCGCCCGCGUCAAAAAUUCGCUUAAAACUAUUCACUGUUUCGUUCUUUAUCAUUUUGGGCCUGUUCUUUCGAAGUUUACCGUUACUUUUCUUUUAUUCAUUUUUGGAUAGUACUUUCAGUCUGUUGUAAGCUUUUUGACUUUUUUGUUCUUCGUUUGAAAGAUCUUGCCAAAAAAGACUUGAAUGUGGAAAUGCUACACUCAAUUUAUAAUGCUUUUACAAGCUACUUUUAUUAUAAAGCAUCAAAAUUUCUUAUUUACCUGUUUUUAGGCUCCUUUAUUCUUGCGGUAACUUAAAUACCGGCUUGAGUUUAAAUAGUGGUUACCUUAUUGGACAUGUUAAAACUCGUCUAAAACCUAGCCUAACAUGUGCUUGUCAAGGACAUCUUCCUGUACUUCGCUUUCUUGUUAUUGUUCAAAAGUCUUUCUAAACUAGAGGGAAGUUUGUCAAUAAUGAAACAUGCCCUUCGUUUUUACAAUGGCAGUAGAAACCCCUUUUGUUCAUACGAGCAAACACAGGCAAAAACCUCACAAAAUUCCAUUAUCAUCGCGCUAUUUGCUUCACUCAUAAAUUUACAAAAUGAGUGUUUCACAAUCUAGGCAGUAACUGCCGACUGAAAAUCCUAUUUAACUUUAAAAAGUCUCAGAUAUAUGUCGAGGUUCAAUUUUAACUUCGGUUAAAAAGUUCUUUUUUUGUUUUGUUUUGUUUUGGGUAUGAUAAAUAUGAAAUCCGCAACAUUUCAGUUGGAGUUCUCCCAGCUCGCUGUAUCGAGAGGUUGCGUAUCCUUGAGUCAUGCACUGGGGGUAUACCCCUGGAAUACACGCUCUCGCUUGCUCCUCAAAUCCAGCCCCCUGAUUUAAUACGUAAAAUAUACUGAACAGCGAGACAUUUACAACUGAUUCCUCUAAUCUAUUUUUCUUAUUUCAGCAGACGAAGAUGGGGACCUCAAGGUGGGAAUGGUACGAACUUUAACUCACGAUGACAAUAUACAUGGAACUCUGAAUAGGCGCGUUCGUUUGAAUAAGGAGGAAAAUGCGGUUUCUUCUGGAAAUGGCGAAGGUAAGGAGUGGGUGUUUAAGAAAAUGUUAACACGGACUAUAUCUAAUAUGAUAACAUGGACUAACAAGAUUAUAUAAGGAUGCACAGAAGGCUAGAAGCGUGGAAAGCUUAGGGCUGGUUUACGGGGCAAACUUGGAAGGCAGAAAUUUCAUUUCUCAGAGAGUUCUCAAGAGAGAAUGCUAAGGUAGGUCUACGCAAAGAUUAACCUUGAUGUAAUGAAACGUGGCUACUGACUAACCUACUUGAGAUUACGUUAGAGGCAACUGUUAAUGGUAAAUGCAGACAAUUGAUACAAUAAUGUUAAUACAGAACAAAAUAUCUUACCAACAAAGUUGGUUGAUUAACGCGUCCUAAUAAUUUAGGGCCUGUUUAAUUGGAUGUGGGGGACUCCAGGUAGGUGAGUAAACCCGCUUACAUGGCGUAACCCACCUGUCCAUUUAAUCNAACUUUAACUCACGAUGACAAUAUACAUGGAACUCUGAAUAGGCGCGUUCGUUUGAAUAAGGAGGAAAAUGCGGUUUCUUCUGGAAAUGGCGAAGGUAAGGAGUGGGUGUUUAAGAAAAUGUUAACACGGACUAUAUCUAAUAUGAUAACAUGGACUAACAAGAUUAUAUAAGGAUGCACAGAAGGAUAGAAGCGUGGAAAGCUUAGGGCUGGUUUACGGGGCAAACUUGGAAGGCAGAAAUUUCAUUUCUCAGAGAGUUCUCAAGAGAGAAUGCUAAGGUAGAUCUACGCAAAGAUUAAUCUUGAUGUCAUGAAACGUGGCUACUGACUAACCUACUUGAGAUUAAGUUAGAGGCAACUGUUAAUGGUAAAUGCAGACAAUUGAUACAAUAAUGUUAAUACAGAACAAAAUAUCUUACCAACAAAGUUGGUUGAUUAACGCGUCCUAAUAAUUUAGGGCCUGUUUAAUUGGAUGUGGGGGACUCCAGGUAGGUGAGUAAAGCCGCUUACAUGGCGUAACCCACCUGUCCAUUUAAUCACUCAUUUUCAUUUGAUCACGUUUACAUGAUAGGGGUACCCCACCUGGGGUCCCCCUCCUCCAUGUAAACAGGCCCUAAGUGAAACACUGGCUCUCAAGAAACAGUUUUCCUUCACACUUGUGCCUAAACGUCUAAUUAUAAACAUUUGCUUUGAAUAAAAAUUUGCUCACGGAAGGCAAGUUAAAUUUCAAGACAUCCUGCUACAAUUAUUCCUAUUUCAAGCCGAUCACAAGAUUUUUUUUGUCAUUUAUAAUAUGUAGGAGGUGAGCGAAGUGUAGAAAUCAGAGACAUACAUUAUCAAGUCUUCAAUAAGCACCGCGCGCAAGAUACAUCUGACGAUGAAUCCUCCGGAGACAACGGUCGCAGGGGAAAAGUUCAUUUUCACGACGGAAAUACAGAAACAAAAGGCGAGUUUGGUUUCAUCACGGAAGAAGAUGAAGCUAAAUUCCCUGAAGACAUUGAAGAGGCGGCGUUUUCUGGCAGGCAAAACAACAGUCAAGAACGAUUAGGAGUUUUGCACGCUCAUCGGGGCGAGAAGCACGUGAUUAGACCACGUGAUUAUACGGAAGAUACGGAAGAGGGCGACGAAGUUUCAGGAACUGGAGACAGUGAAAGUAAGAAUGUUGAUAAAAAACGCGAUUUACAUUUGCCUCACAGUACAAACAUAGAAGGAAACAAAUCAAAGAAGCGUAAGGUCAAUUUGAUUACUGAAGAACAAAGAACAGAAAGCGAAUCUGGAGAGGAUGAGGAAAGACUUUCAGGAGGUGGAGAAAAGGCUUCAAAAGAAAGUGAUACAGGUGAUGAAUCUUUGUCACUGUUGUUUUCAUCGUAA